AUGUUCAAAGUCGGCGGUUGGCUCAAGGGCCAUACCCCUGGGCAUACAAAGAGCUUGGAUUCUCUGAGCGAACUUGCACAGAUUGAGGAUGCCAUGAGCGCUGCCAAUGCCUUAUCUCUAGCAGAGAACUCUGCUUACGAACGUCAACGCCAAGUUAGCAAAGACCCGAACGCGUACAAAUCACCCAUAUACCCCCCAGGCACCGAAUACGCGGUAUGUCAGGCAGAGGCACAGCUGAUGAGUGCCGUUGUCGGCGUGCUCAACGAGAGCUUGACGGAAGCCAUCAAGAGUUUCUAUAAGUUGAGGAAAGCGUACCUCGUGCUAGAGGGUGUUAUGGAGAACGAGAAAAAAUUCUUGGCGGAGAGGAGUACGAGUAGCGUCAAUUCGGUAGGAUCACGCGGCUCUUCGAAGGGCUCGGUUCGGUCAAACAUGGCAGGCAGCGCUCUUAAAACCUCUCAGGCUCCUACUUCUGCCGAGCCGUUCGCUGCAGCAUCAACUUCCAGUCUUAAACAAAGUACUACGGCCAGUCAACCAGCAACGAAGAAGACUACAGAUGACGACGAGGACGAGGACGAUUUUGUGGACGCUACAGAAAAUCACACUGGUGGUGAAACGCCUGUGGAAUACCAAGGGAACCUCAAUAUUGCCGCCGAUAAAGGUGCCUCUGUCGAGCUAAACAAUGCUCAGAAGAAGGUUGACAUUGCAGCAAGCUCGGCGCCAGGGCUUCCCGCUAAGAACGAGAACCCAUCGGACUCCCUACCAGACGCUAUCGAAUACUUUGAGCAACUUACCUUGAACGAUGAGGGAGAUGCAGACGCAGAAAUUGCGUCAUUCAGCAAUCACCCAGUGGAUGUCUUCAUCCUCUCCGGAUCCAACUUCUGCUUCGGCAUGCUGUUACUCAUUCUCUCGUUCAUUCCGCCAUCUUUUGCUGGUUUACUGAAGAUUGUUGGCUUCAAAGGCGAUCGGGAAAGGGGCAUGCGAAUGCUAUGGCAAGCGACCAAGUUUCACAACAUCCACGGUGCCAUGGCCGGCGUUGUGCUAAUGGGAUACAUUAAUGGUUUCACAAACUUCUGCGAUAUACUUCCCAGCAAGGGCGAGGGUGCAUACCCAAAGGAACGAUGUCUAGCUUUGCUUCGGUACAUGCGCGCAAGGUACCCUACCAGCCAUCUUUGGCUACUGGAGGAGUCUCGUAUGCUCGCUUCAGAUAAAGAGUUGGAGAAGGCUGUUCAGUUCAUGCAUGACGUGGGCGAGUCGAAGCUAAAACAGCUCGAAGCGCUUACAUGGUUCGAACGGAGUUUGAACAACAUGUACAUGCACGAUUACGAAGCCACCGCUUUCGCUUUUGAGAAGUGUGUUGGCCUCAACAACUGGAGCCACGCACUAUAUUACCACAUCAUCGCCGCCUCCUACGUCGAGCUCUACAGAAAACACAAGACAACCAAUCCGACUGAAGCGAAGAAAUACGGCGCAAAGGCGGAGGAGUACAUGAACAAGGUCAUGCCGAACGUAGGAAAGAAGAAGUUCAUGGCACGUCAGCUACCAUUCGACAUCUUCGUCGCCCGUAAGAUCCAGAAAUGGGAGGCACGUGCGAAAGAAUGGAAUUGCGACUUGGUAGACGCCGUAGGUGUCUCACCACUCGAAGAGAUGAUCUUCUUCUGGAACGGAUAUAAGCGCAUGCGAAAUGACCAUCUUGAAGUCUCUCUUGCCAAUCUGGCGUGGAGUGAAUCAUCCGCUAAUCCACACUGGGACAAAGAGGGUGUGGACGAAAAAUCUAUUCUCAACGUCCUUCGUGCUGCUACUCUCAGAAACAUGGACCGGACAACUGAAGCGAAGACCAUUUUAGAAAAAGAGGUUUUGCCAGUUGAUAAAACACUUCUUACAGGCAACUUCAAGGAUAACUGGACAGCGCCUUGUGCGCGGUACGAGAUGGCUGCGAACAUCUGGCGUGAAGCUGAUGCUGAUGGCCAUCCGGAGAAGAAUCCCAAGAUGCUGGUUCAGUGUAAGGAUUGGCUUGAUGAGGUUACUAAGCUGGGUGGGUUCGAUUUGGAUGCAAGAAUUGGUAUGAAGAUCACUACCGGAAAGGGGACGUUGCGCAAGCUUGGUGUGCAGUGUUAG